UGGCUGCGCCUGUGGUCACUCCGCCGCCCGCCGCCCUCCUCCUCCGCCGCCCGCCGCCCCGUGGCACCGCCAUGAUCGUGGAGAGCAGCCGGGACGCGGCGCCCGAUGGCGGCGACGGCAGCGCCCUCAGUAGCCCCAUCAAUCUCACCUACUUCUACGGGGCGUCGCCCCACUCCAGCGAGGGCAGCUGCUCGCCGGCGCACUCCGGCCCUGGGUCGCCGGGCUCUGACUCGGACCUCUCGGUGAGCAGCCGCGGAGGCGGCCGGAGGGACCCCCGGGGCAGUGCCCGCCCCGCUCUGCAAGCUGAACAGCACAUGGGGGGCGGAAAGCAGCACAGGGGACCUUUCCAGGGGGUUCGUGUGAAGAACUCCGUGAAGGAGCUCCUGUUGCACUUCAGGAGCAGCAAACAGAUGUCCUCGGGCUCCGCCACAGAGGAAGGCAAGGCACAAGGAGGAUUGGUGAACUAUGACCAAUACACAGCAGAGCUGAAGAGCAUACUAGGUCACAGUGGCAAAAGAAAGGCUCCAGAGCUGCUUUCUGAUGGACUGUCUUUUAAGCGCCAAGCUAAUGUUCACCCACACCUCCUGACGCCACCCCAGACACCAACUUCUAUGGAUAACAUGGAGGAGACUCAUAAAAACAACCCAAAGCAUGACAGCAAUUCCGAUCUUCUUCAGAACAUUAUAAACAUCAAGAACGAAUCAAGCCCCAUUUCUCUGAACACGGUGCAGGUCAGCUGGUUGCCCACUGUGUCUAGUCACAGCUCACCUGGUGAGCAGUACCAGGAGAGCCCAGGGACACAGGCUUUCUCCCCAUCCCAGAAGUACCACACAUUCCAAGAUCACACCUCGCAGCAUAUGCUUGAUCCGCCGCAGCAUUACCAGUUUCCUCCAUCCCAGAACCAAGAUUUGUCACAGACCUAUCCUUCAGAUGCCUCCUUGGAGUACAGGCCCUUUGCUGCCAAUGACCAGUCUCCUGGCUACCAGCAGAGUACCUUUGAGAGCCAUGAACUGCAGUACUGCCCAUCACAGAGCUUCUCCUCCCUCUUGAAUGACUCUGAGGGUUCAGAGGGUAUCUUUGCUCCCCUCCAGCCACUGAGCAGUGCCCACCUGCAGCCUGAUGUCAGCCCCCACCCUCCAAACUUUAGCUUGCUUUCCAGUAACAUCUGUGGUAGUCUGGAGCGCAGUGUCUCUUUGGCUACUCUGAAUGUCUCUCUACCUGACCAAAGCAUCACCAGAAGCACGACUCGGCUGGGAAAGUCAUUUUUUCAGUGGCAGGUAGAGCAGGAGGAAAACAAACUGGCCAGCAUCUCUCAAGAACAAUUCCUUGCAAAAGACUCUGAUGGAGACACCUUCCUUCACAUUGCUGUUGCCCAGGGCCGACGAGCACUCUCCUAUGUUCUUGCAAGGAAGAUGGCUGCCCUGAACAUGCUGGAUAUUAAGGAGCACAAUGGCCAGAGUGCUUUCCAGGUUGCUGUGGCUGCCAAUCAGCAUCUCAUUGUGCAGGACUUGGUUAGUUUGGGGGCUCAAGUCAACACCAUGGACUGCUGGGGUAGAACACCAUUGCAUGUUUGUGCUGAGAAGGGGCAUGCCCAGGUCCUUCAGGCAAUCCAAAAGGGAGCUAUGGGAAGCAAUCAGUAUGUGGACCUUGAGACAACAAACUAUGAAGGUUUGACAGCAUUGCACUGUGCUGUUCUGGCCCAUAAUGCUGUGUUGCAUGAGCUGCAGAACAGUCAGCCACCUCACUCCCCUGAGGUCCAGGAGCUUCUGUUGAGAAACAAGAGCCUGGUAGAAACCAUCAAGACUCUGAUACAAAUGGGAGCCUCUGUUGAAGCUAAAGAUCGCAAAAGUGGUCGUUCAGCUUUACAUUUGGCAGCAGAAGAAGCAAACCUGGAGCUCAUUCGUCUCUUUUUAGAGCUGCCCAACUGCCUGUCUUUUGUUAAUGCAAAGGCUUAUAAUGGCAACACAGCACUCCAUGUGGCUGCCAGCCUGCAGUAUCGGGUGAGUCAGUUGGAUGCUGUGCGUCUGCUCAUGCGCAAGGGAGCUGAUCCAAGUGCCAGGAACCUGGAGAAUGAGCAGCCAGUUCAUCUGGUUCCUGAUGGCCUUGUAGGAGAACAGAGGAACUGUAAUUGAGAUGGGGAUGAGCGCAGAGUUGUACAGAACUGGUGCUGCACAAGAGAAGCCUCAGUACUGGAGUAAGGGCUCUGCUCUGGACACAGGCAGCCACCAAAACAUCCCGUGCCCACGUCUUGGGGAGAAACUGGGGAUCGCACCCUGGGCAUGGAGACAUGCUGUGUUAGGGAGAUGCCUAGAAACUCACAGUUACACCCUUUGGAGGGUACCACACCUCAGUGAUGGUGUGCUUUACUUGUGAAGGGUAAAACCUCUUCUGUGCUUUUCCCAUCUCUCCACUAAUGUCCCUCCUUCUCCUCUGUGUGUACAGCAUGCCUUCUUUUCCUUGCUUCUCUGGUAUUGCUGGAGCAGAACAGCUGUUUGUAUUGUUAAUAGUUUGGAGCAAGGCCAGUGAAAUGGUUUUUGGCAAUUCUAGGCUUGCAGGGAAGAUUUGUGGCCCAGAAAAUAGAAGCAAAGAUAUAUACAUACACAUAUAUACAUGUAUAUACACACAUAUAUAUGCAUGUAUACAUACGCGAGAGAAAGCAAGGGAGAGAGUCUGCCAACAAGCCUACCAUGUGAGUGCAUGAGCAUAUUUUUUUGGCAGGGCAGUUGUGCCUGCACAUUUUAUACUGAUUCUAUAUACUCUUCUCAUCCUCAAACUGCUUUAGGCUUGAAUGUCUGGGGACAUGAAGUUGUUCCUUGAGAUGGUGGUGCUGCGGAAGCCAUUGGUACCUACAGCUGUGGUUUACCCACAACUGGACUUUGAAGCACACGUAACGUGUAUCAUCCACCCCUGGGUAGAUGUUGUUUUCUCCACUAGUGCUUGAGCUGGCAUGGAUAAUGCUGGCAAGUGGAGCGUGCUAAAUGAAAGCAAACAGUUUACUUACUUCUUGUAUAAACCAAACAGAAAAACGCUUAUUCUGUUACUUAUCUCAGCAGGGCUGAACCAAAUGCCAAAUGGUGGCCACAGAAUUCAGAUACCUCAUAUUGAUUAAAAUCAGGUUGGUUUUUUUAAGUUAUCUGAAAACAGACUAUUUUUCAAUGUAUUGAGACAAUAGCAAUAAAAGCUGUAAAACUGUGUUCUUCUUCUGGCACUAGCCCAUUGUAAACAGCAAGCUACCAGGCUUAAUGAGGCAAUUCUGUACCAUCACUUUUAAUAACUGAAUGUUUGUCUCCCGGCUAUUCAGGUGGGCUAUUACUGUUAUUUAAUAUUACUGGCAAUGUUGUUAUAUAUUCUGAGCCACCACUGGCAAAGAGUGAGGUGAUUCUUCCAGAUAACAGCAGUGCAAUAACAUUUUACUGGAUUUAACUGAGAGAAAGGCCAGGCAAAGCCACUGUGUUUUCCUUCUUCCUUGCAAAUGUUAUUUCAAGCACUGAAAGAGUUAAAUUAAAUAAUUACAGUCAUAAGCAUGUUGAUGCUCACUUCUGUUAUGACAAACAUAAAAAUGUAUUGACCUAAAAGGUAAAUGUUGGCUGAAGCAAAAAACUGACGUCAAUAUAAAUUCCAAAGCACUCCAUAUCUUGAUAUUUGGCACAUGAACCUCAUACUGUAUAUAUAGUGUGAAAUACUUAGGUUUGUUUUAAUUAAAUGGAUAAUAAUCUGGUGAUUGUCAUUCU